CAAUAAAUGGAAACACAGAAUCGGUUUAACUGUCGAAAACGGUCCAGGUUUCGUGGAAUUUUCAAUGGGCUCUGUUUGUCUGUAUUGGUUGUUUUCUUUUUCCGUCGAGAAGAUGUUGUUCAAAGUCCACUUUCUAAGAAACCUUUCAAAGUUAGUGCUGUUAGAAAGGAAACGAGUUUGAGUUAUCAUCAUUUGGGUGAAAGCAGCAGGGAUAUCAAGCUCUGUGGAGGGUUGUAUAAACAUCAAGGUUACAGUACAAAAUGUGACUACUUGAAGGCAAAUCCUCAAUGUAAUUCAGGAGGUUUCUUCAAUUAUCUUUUCUUCUUUUACUGUAGCUGUGAAGGUUUUAGUAUUUUUGGAUAUGUGACUCUUGCUAUUUGGUUGAUUUCUUUGUUCUAUCUGUUGGGAAAUACCGCUGCUGAUUACUUCUGUUGUUGUCUUGAAAAGCUAUCCAAUUUGUUGAAAUUACCCCCAACUGUAGCAGGAGUUACUCUGCUUCCUUUAGGGAAUGGGGCGCCUGAUGUGUUUGCUAGUAUUGCUGCUUUUAUGGGGAGUGAUUCUGGGGAGGUGGGGUUGAAUAGUGUUCUUGGUGGUGCUGUUUUUGUUACAUGUGUUGUAGUUGGUACUGUUUCCUUGUGUGUUGCAGAACAAUGUAUACAGAUUGAUAAGAAGUGCUUUAUUAGGGAUGUGUGUUUCUUUAUUAUAGCUCUCGUUUCGCUUCUUACUCUUUUGAGUCUAGGCAAGGUGGCAGUUUUAGGUGCUGUUGCCUUUAUCUCUAUUUAUUUGGUGUAUGCUGGUUUUGUUGCUGCAAAUGAGAUGCUUAGGGAUCGCAAUAGUAGUUUGAAGUUGGAUUUAAUUGCUCCGUUGUUACCAGUUACAUCGAGUAGCAUAGAUGGAGAGAGCGAUUCUUCUUUAGGUGGGUCGGAAUCAGCUGAUGGAUUGCUGCAGCUACAAGCUCAGCUGCCACAUUGGAUGUGGUCUUCAAAUGUGGCAAUCUUCUCUGAUGAAGUUGUGAAGGAUAAUUCCGUAGAAAGUAGUCCAAUGGAUUUGUGGGGUUGGAAUGAACAGGAUGAUGUCGAUGACCAGUCUUCUUCCCUAUCCUGUUCUAAGUUGUUUGCACUGCUAGAAAUACCAUUGACACUCCCAAGAAGGUUAACGAUCCCCAUUGUUGAUGAGGACAGAUGGUCAAAACUGUAUGCUGUUUCUAGUGCUUCUUUGGCGCCCUUGCUUUUAGCAUUCCUUUGGAACACUCAGGACAAUUUGAGUUGCCCUGCUACCACUGCAUAUGUUGUUGGUGCUGUAGUUGGUGGUAUAUUUGGAGGUGUUGCAUUUGUCUAUACCUCAGCCAAUCACCCACCGAAAAGAUUCUUGUUUCCAUGGCUCUUGGGAGGCUUCUUUAUGAGUAUCAUUUGGUUUUAUAUCGUGGCAAACGAGCUAGUGGCUCUGCUAGUGGCAUUUGGUGUCAUCUUUGGUGUCAAUCCAUCAAUUCUUGCGUUAACCGUCUUGGCAUGGGGAAACUCUAUGGGUGACUUAAUGUCAAAUGUUGUAAUAGCAGGUAAUAGUGCAGAUGGUGUGCAGAUUGCCAUGUCAGGAUGUUAUGCAGGUCCUAUGUUCAACACCCUUGCUGGUUUAGGCAUCUCCAUGCUCCUUGGAGCCUUGUCGAGUAGGCCAGAAUCUUAUAUCCUUCCAAGAGAUAAUAGCUUGUAUUACACAAUGGGAUUUCUAAUGUUAGCCCUGGUUUGGGCACUCAUUGUACUACCUCGAAACGAUAUGCGGCCUAGCAAGUCGUUGGGAUUGGGACUUAUGACCAUAUAUGUAGUUUUUCUAUCAAGCAGGGCAAUACUAGCCAUGGGAGAUGGUUCACUUCAUGGUAUGAGCUAAUUUUAAGUAGAAAAAGUUCCACAGUAACUCAUCCCUUUUUUUUGGGGCAUAGCUAUUGGAACUAUUAUGUGUAAGAUGUUGCAAAUGCUCCUUGUAGAAAUUGUCUUUAUGUGCUGUUGCAACACAAAUUGGAAAUAUAUCUUAUGUAUAUAUACAAGAAAAAAGAAUA